UACAAUAAACAGAGGCCACACGCGCCACCACUUGUCCGUUGGUCAACUAACACAGAGCACCGCCUUCUUAUCUAGCAGUUUUCUUGCAUCUAAAACGAUAACACUGAGACGGAUAUGUGGAGGAGUGAGUGAUGCCUGUGGCCGGGACAGAGGGUUAAAAAAACACUAAAGAAAAAUGUCUGCUGCCGUCGAUGUUGCUCCUCUUCUUCUUCCCUACAGAGACAGAGACAGAGACAGAGACACAGGCUCAUCCAAUGAGAUCCAAAGUCUUGUUCCCUCCGUACCAUCCAACGGUCCGGGUGCAUCGACACCUAGUCAACGCCUCGCCUCUCUCGACGUCUUCCGUGGCCUCACAGUCGCGUUGAUGAUUUUGGUUGAUGAUGCUGGAGGAGCUUUCCCAUCGAUUAAUCACUCUCCGUGGUUCGGUAUUACACUUGCGGAUUUUGUAAUGCCAUUUUUUCUUUUUCUUGUUGGCGUCUCUAUCAGUCUAGCAUUCAAGAAAAUUUCUAACAAGACAACCGCCACAAAGAAAGUCAUGCUUAGAGCAAUAAAUCUCUUUCUCCUGGGGUUGUUACUGCAAGGUGGGUAUUUCCAUGGGCGUAACCAUUUAACAUAUGGAGUUGAUGUUGGCAAGAUACGUUGGCUAGUGUGCGCAUAUAAUCUUCAGAGGAUAUCAAUUGGAUAUUUGCUGGCUUCAAUCUCGGAGAUCUGGCUUGUUAACAAUAUCAUGGUUGACUCACUGGCUGAUUUGGCUAGGAAAUACUACACUCAGUGGCUGUUUGCUAUUGGAUUGUGCUCAUUAUACAUGUGCUUUCUGUAUGGCCUUUCAGUUCCAACUUGGGAAUAUGAAGCUCCGAGCAUGAAUUUGUCUGGUUUUGCUUCUGGUACUCAAAUUGUUUAUUGUGGAGUGAGGGGUAGUCUUGAACCUCCUUGCAAUGCUGUUGGUUUUAUUGACCGAGUUAUUCUGGGUGAGCAUCACCUUUAUCAACAUCCUGUUUACAGAAGAACAAAGGAAUGCAGCGUAAAGUCUCCUGACUAUGGACCUCUACCACCUAAUUCUCCUCAGUGGUGCCUUGCACCAUUUGACCCAGAGGGAAUCCUAAGUUCUCUGAUGGCUGCUGUUACUUGUUUUGUGGGAUUGCAUUUUGGGCACAUACUACUGCAUUUUAAGGACCCAAAACAGAGGGUGCUGUUAUGGUCCAUGUCUGCUGUUCCUCUUCUAGUAUUCGGAUAUGUUUUAGUAAUACUUGGUAUUCCUUCCUGUAAACCUCUGUACACAGUGAGCUAUGCAUGCAUUACAGCAGGAGUUUCAGGCUUGAUCUUAAGUAUUAUAUUCUACAUCGUUGAUGUGAAACAUUUCAGAAAGCCCACAGUAUUGCUACAGUGGAUGGGAAUGAAUGCACUCCUUAUAUAUGCUUUGGGUGCUUGUGACCUUUUCUCGGCGGGUUUGCAAGGUUUCUAUUGGCGCUCUCCAGAGAACAACCUGGUUGAUGGCACAGAAGCAUUAUUGCAGGCCAUGCUCCACUCGAAGAAUUGGGGUACCCUAGCGUUUGUAAUACUUGAGAUUUUAUUUUGGGGUCUUGUUUCUGGGUUUCUUCACAUGAAAAGCUUGUAUAUUAGACUUUAAAAAGAUUCCAGUGUUCCCUGUAGUAACAAAAUUUUAGCAUUUACAUGAUUACGAGUCACUUUUGUUUUGUGCCAGGUAUGUAUAAAAUUUAUCUUUAGUUUUUUAAAGUUUUAAGACUGAUGUCCUGUCGUUUUCUUUUAUCAAAUCAGAAAUCUGCUGUUAGUCCC